GGUGUUAUGCAAUCCACCCGUCAUGCACUGUAGGCAUUGAUUAAUAGACUUCAUGGUGCAUUUGAAAUUACUGAAGCGUUUAAAGAUUGACAUACACAUGUAGAACAGUUUCUUUUUCAAUGGUGGACUGUUAACAAAAUAGGGAAUCUUAACGCUUAUAGAUCAGAGAACAGUGGGGACAGCUACUUUAAUAGAUCGCCGCAUGGCUAAGAUUUUCUAAGGAAACGAUCAAGUUCGAAUUUCGUCUCGGUCCGUUAAUUUUAGUCCCCUACCGACGAGGUCUAAAUGGACUUUAGGUUUGCACUCUGUCCGUCCCUCUGUCUGUCUAUCAGUCAGAGCAUCGAUUCCAUUGAAGACGACAUGAGUACAUUUAGAAGUACAAGUGGGAAGAAACCACGUAGAUCAUGCCCUCUAAGGGUUGUAUGGUCACUGAUCGGCACUUUGGCAGUCAUCCUGAUAGCGGCUGCGUUUGUUCCUCUCAUUCUUUAUCUGAUUAAAGAGGAUGAAUAUACAUACUACAAGGCGGAUGCGCAACUGACGUUGCAGGGGACCUACAGUAACGAUCUUGGCAGUUUUAGCAGUAACACAUCGAUAGACUUCCAGAAAAUCUUCUGCAAAUUGAUGAAGAACAAUCAAGGACAGCAUACAGAAGCUUACAAAGGAUGUAUAGUUACAAAUAUUAGGAAUGGGAGUAUUAUAGUGGAUUUCACGAUGUUUUACUACACAAAAGCCAUCAUGCAGACGACAAAAGUGCGAACAGAGAUUAGUGCGAGUCUGAAAACUUCAACAAGCAUAACGGUCGCUGUAACAUUUACAGUAGUCAUUGAAAUAGAUACACUGUAUCUUAACGUAUUACGAACAAAUCAAGCGGAGUAUCUAUCAUCUGAGAGGAGUCCACGGUUUUUUAAAUCGUCUGUGGCAAUAGUAACUGAGGAGAAUACCACUCCAAUAGAUAUAACCACAACAGAUUUUCCAGUUACUACAACCGCUACAGCAGAUUCACCACUAACAAUGACAACAAUAGAUGAUGAACAACUGACAUCUACUACAACACAUUCUGCAACUACUCAAAGCCUAGAAACCACCGCCACUACAAAUCCCCCAGAAACCAUCACCACUACAAAUCCCCCAGAAACCAUCGCCACUACAACUAUUGCCGCUGUCCAGUCAUAUUCAGAGGUUAAAAUGGAUCAUGCUUAUGGCGAAAUAGGCCAAGUCUCAAAUCAGACAUGUAUGAUUGAAAUUAAAAAGGGUGACUGGGAGUUUGUGUCUCUUAAAUUUAAAGAGAGCAACGAAGAUCUUGCUGUCAUUCAGAGUAAUGGCAGUGUGACUAUUUUCACCACUGACAGCCUUCUAAGACCGGAAUUUAACAUCAGUGGAUCUACGAUCAAAGCCAUUGUCAAUUUUGAUUUGACGAACUUCACUUCUGAUCGGUGUUCCUCGAGACAAUAUACCCUUAUAUGCAGUGUAGAUAUGACGAAUGGAUAUACAUUCAACACCAGCGGAGACUUCGAUAUAAUUGCUCCAUUGACAGAACCAGAGGUAACAGUGCUAGAAACUAGAUACUUUGGCAACAGCUCUUUUUCCGCGGCAGGGAUUAACGCAAUGUGUAAUCUCACAAAAGAUCAGUCCAAUAAAACAGCGCAGGCAUUAGGAAUCCAGAUUCUGAACUCGACUGGUGAUGUCAUUCGGACUAUUGUUGACGUUACCCCCUACAAUGAGUUUACAAGCAGCUGUGGAGAAUUGGUUUAUAUUUCGUGGUUUGAAUUGUUUGAAUACAGAGCAGACCUAAAUAUGUCCACACUUAAUUGUUUCCUACAAAACUCUGUAUCGAAGAAGACUGUUUUCAGCAACAACAUCACCCUCAUAUUUAAAGAACAGUAACCUUGACAGUAUCUUAAUAAGAACUUUAUUAGCAUAUACCAUCACACAUCAAUGUCCAUACCUUCUAAACAGAGUCUCCGGGUAUGUGUUGCUAAUUCCAUUUACAUAUCUGUCAUUGUCAGUGGGACCCCUCUAUAAUUCCGUUUGUUCUUCAUUGGGUAUAUUUUAUAGACGCAAGAAGGCUUCGGGGGUUCUACGUGUACAUGGGGGUUCAUAAGCAUGGUUUUUACUGUAACUCCUUCUACAGGACUUGAAACUCGUGAUAAAGGAUUGCGCGGUUCUCUUGUAGAAUGGCAAACAGGUUUUGAUGCAGCAAUUGACCCAUGUUUUCCAAAAGAAUGAUAAAGUUACAUCACUAUCUAUGCAAAUUACAUUCCUCAGAUGCAUAUCUAAAUUGCUUUUCCAGAUGAGUGGCUCAGCUAAAAGGGGGUUACACUUUCUAAGUGACCUGGAUUACCGCAUCUUACCUCCUGAUUCAUGUACUACCGUGAUACUAAACCAGUGUAAUACAUAAUACACUGACUUGUUACAGUUUUAUUUUUUUUUCAUGCGCACAUGAGGCUCCAUAUUAGGCUAAUUGUUUUCUACAUCAACGUUUACGCCGGUACUUCAUAUCUAAUUUUAACACAGAUUGAUCAAUUAUAAAUGAUUGUUUCUUACCCUAACGGUAUUCACUUAUUUUAAUUUCAUUGAAAGUUAAAAUAGAAUACUUCAUCAAUGCAAAAGAUAUUAAUUAUACGAUAUUUAUUUCCGAAAUAAAAACCUCAGUGGCGGAUGAACGGAAACGCGAUAUUGUAUGUGAUGAGUUUCUAAAUGAUCUCGGAACUUUUAUAUACAUAGGGGUUUCUUUGUUGUUGUAAAUAAGGUCUCCCGUUUCGAAUGAAUUACCCUAUUGUUAUUCAUAUUAUUUCCCCCAUAAUGAUUCUUUCUCCAAAUGUCUUCUAUUUCCAACGAAAGCCUUAUUUUUUUAAAGAAUCAUUAUGGUGAGAAAAAUAAUACGAACAGACCUUCAGCGACUCUGCAAUUUCUUUCAGAUUUUUUAUUGAAAAGAAAACAAACUUUUUAGUGCAUUUAUCAACUUUAAGCAGGCUUUCGACACUGUUUGGAGAAAUGGCCUUUGGGGUAAGAUAAAGAAUGGAAUAAAUGGAAAGUGUUUUAACUAUAUCCGAAAUAUGUAUAUUGGUAUUAAAUAUUUAGUAUAGAUAAAUGGCAUUUCUUCAGAUUACUUCGAAUAUAAUGUCGGUGUAAGACAAGGAGAAAAUUUAUCUCCAUUUUUAUUUUCCUUAUAUAUAUUGAUGACCUAGAAAAUUUUUAUAAGGAAAAUACAUAUUAGUUGGAUUACAGAGUAUGGA